UUGCAAGAACUUAACAGCUGAAAUAUUCAUUACAUAUUUUUAUAAUUGCAUGUAUAUUAAACAGAUAUAGCAGAUUUAUUUCAUGAAGUAUAUGCUUUCCAUAUAUAGGAUUCAAAUUUUGAACAAAUUGAAAAUCCUGAUAAUUUUAUGGUAUUGUGAUGAGUAAUUUCUUUUAAACUUAUAUACAAAGCAUUAAAAAGAUUUCCCUGAUGGAUAAUUUUAAUAUUAUAAGGCAGCUAGGUGAGGGGUCAUCUGGUUCUGCAUUACUAGUUCAAGAUAUUGUUUCUCAGAAACAGUUUGUUGUUAAGAGAAUACCUCUAUUGAAUCUGAGUGAAACUGAAAAAGAAGAGGCUAUGAAAGAAGUUGAAGUUCUUUCUCAAAUGAAACACCCUAAUAUAAUCACAUACCAUAAAUCUUUUGAAGAAAAUGGAAAUUUAUACAUUGUUACUGAUUAUUGUGAUGGUGGAGAUUUGUAUUCAAAAAUAAAAGCUCAGAGAGGUGCAUAUUUUAAUGAGGAUCAAAUUCUUGAUUGGUUUGUACAAAUAUGUUUGGCAGUUAAACAUGUGCAUGACAGAAGAAUUUUGCAUAGAGACAUUAAAACGCAAAAUAUUUUUCUAACAAAAUCAGGUAUUGCUAAAUUAGGUGACUUUGGCAUUGCUCGUAUAUUAAACAAUACUUCAGAACUUGCUCGUACAUGCAUAGGUACACCUUACUAUCUCUCACCAGAAAUAUGUGAAAAUAGGCCAUAUAAUAAUAAAUCAGAUGUUUGGUCUCUUGGAUGUGUAUUAUAUGAACUAACCACUUUAAAACAUGCAUUUGAAGCAAAAAAUAUUAAAAAUUUGGUUCUUAAAAUUGUUAAAGGUUCUCUUCCUCAAAUUCCUGAUAUUUAUAGUACAGAAUUAAAAAAUCUUCUAGCCCAAAUUUUUGUUAGAAAUCCUUAUGAAAGACCAUCAGUGAAUGCUAUAUUAAGAAAGCCUAUCAUACUUGAGCGCAUUUGCAAAUUUUUGAAUGAUUCAAAACUGAAAGAAGAAUUCAACAAAACAUUACUUCAGAAAGCCUCAAGUAAGUUAUCAUCAAAGAAUCCUCGAUUACAAAACAUAAAAAUAACAAAUCCUGCUGCUAAGUAUGGAGUUUCUGUUGCAAGGAAAAAAUUGCCCAAACCAAGCUUAAGAAAAGAUGGACAGAAAGAAAAUGAAACAAAUAUAAAUUUAAAGCAAUCAGUUUAUAGUAAAAUGCCUCCAGCUCCAUUCAAAAGCAAACCAAAUGUAAGUAAAAAUACUAAAUAUUCUUCAGUGAACUCAGUAAAUAAAAAUAAGUACUCAAAAAAAUAUUCUGGCAAAACUUUUUGCAAUAAAGAAAAUGAACCGUCUGUAAAAAUAGAAAAUUCUUGUACAGAACUUUCGAAUUCCAGUAAAUCUGUUCUUGAGCUUUCUUCUAUACAAUUUUGUGAAGCAUCCCAAAAAAUAAAUUUUCCUUCACUUUUACCAGAAAGCAAAUGUGUAUCAUUUGAAACUGUUUCAAACUUUUCUCAUGAUGCAGAAAAUUCUGAGGUGUGGUUAUUACCAAGCGAAUCAAAUUCUUCUUUUUCUAAUUAUUUUGAUUCUACAUCUCAGAAAACAGCAUACGAAGUUAAUCUGCCAAUCAUUAAACAGUCUGUCAAUCAAAGAUCUCAGUGGUCUAAAGCUAGAUGUGAUUUUUUAAGUGAUUUACCUCUUGAAAUGACUGGUUCUGAAAUGGAGGCAACCACAGAAAAUGACAAAGUUAUAAUCCAUCAAACUAGACCCCAUUCUGCUCCACAUAUAGGUAGAAAAGCCUACUUUAAUUUAAAUAAAGAAAUGCCUGUGUCCAAUCAAAGUGAUCAAUCUGCAUUUGAUACUGUUCAUCCAAAACUUAGUACUUGCAUUAAUCAUUCAUCUCAAUUGAAUACUUUGGUGCCUUGUUCAUUGAAAGUGGAGGAAUAUGAAAAGAACCAUGUAGUUAUGCAUGAAACUGGUAAUAUGUUUCUAAAUCAAAGUGAAGAAAAUUUUGAAAAUAAGGCUAAUUUCCCUUAUAAUAAAAUCACAAACAUUCAGUGUGACAAUUCUAGUAUCUUAGAUAAUGUAACCCAAAAUUCUCCAAAAGGAGAACAUAUUAGUGCUGCUCUUAUAUCAGGUUAUAAAACAUUUAAAGUAAAUUCACCUAAGAUUCAAAAUAAAGGUGUAAAUCAGAUGAACUGCAGUUCAAAUCCAUCAUUAUCAAAACAAGAGAUGACAUCUUUACGUACAAUUCAAUCGGAGGUUAUGACACCUGCUAAUGAAUUUAAAACUUUUUAUAUCAAUACUCCAAUAUCUUUCAGAAAUUCAGUUGAUAUUCAUUUACCGAUUGUUACAGAUCAAUCAGAAUUUCAGGAAAAGGACAGAAAUAAAACAUAUCUAGUUAGAAAGAGCAGUUGUUGUAAUGUAAGCAACUCUAUUCAUUUACCUACACUAACUGAAGAAAAGGCCGAGAACUUAGAUGAUGAGCUAUAUGCUAACUAUACCGAAAGUUUUACUCAUAAUGAUUCAGUUAAAAAAGAUGAAAUUUUAGGUAAUAAUUUGCAACAACUUCAAAAUGAACUUGUUAGUAAUAAUAAUUUAUUAGAGAGUGUAGAAAUUUUGUCCUGUAAACAUCCUGAAUAUUUGGAAAAUAUUAAUAAGAAAAUCGAUAAUAGUACAUCUGAAUUCUCAUGUAAAGAAUUUGGGCCAAAGGAAAAAGAAAACAUUUUAUUAUCUGAAACUAAAGUUGAUAUUGGGAUCCAGUGUGAUAUGAGUUCACUUGGAUCAUCUAUGAAAAAGUCUAGUCACGAGUGCAUUUCAACUGCAGAAGUUCCAUCAUUUUACUACAGUAUUAGAUCACUCACAAAUCAAUUUAAGAAAGAUUCAAAACAUAUUUUCUUAUCUCUUCCUGAUUUAAGAAUUUUGGAUUGUACAUCAAGAUCAUCUUGCUUAGAAAAUGUACCUUGUAAUUCAUCUAUUUCUUUAAAUGAUAUUAAAAGUCCAGAUUCUUCAGAGAUUUUUCAUACUGCUUUAUCUAUACAACAAGACAGUAUUCAGGAUAAUGAUGAUUCAGAUCUUUUUCAUCUGUGCCAGUCUUUAAGAUUAAUUUUGAAGCAAUCUCAAAAUCUUGAUGCAGGGUCAAUUUGCAGCUCUUGGUCUUUAGAGGAAAGCAUUGAUCCCUUUGGUGAAAUUGAACAAAUGCGUGUGGAUUUAGAAAGCAAACUUGGGUUGGAUGUUUUUCUAAAAGUUUACAAAAAGAUGCUUUUACUUUUUGAAAAUGGAAGGGAUGAGAUGUCUCAAGAUAAAAGUUACAUUUCUUCUUUACUAAAGCCUGGAUUCGAAUAUUUAGCAAAUGAUAUAUUGAAUCUAAUAAUUAAAGAGGAAAUUUACAUUAAUGGCUUUUUAGAUAAAUAAGUAGCAAAAAUAAUUGCAUAUAUUUUUCACUUGUUUCAUUUAUUGUGUAAAUUAAUCACAUUGUUUUAUUGACUUAUAGUCUUAAUUCAAAUUUAUAUCAAUAUUUUUAGAAUAAGAGAAAUGUAUUGUGCUUCGAUAUUAGUCAUGUCAGUGUGACUAAAUGUUGGAUUGCUUGUGUAAUAUAAAAAUAUUUCAAAAUGCUAGAAACUGAUAGAUUGGAAGGUAAAAUAUUUUUGAAUACUGUACUAAUACAGUUGACUGUUUCAAAAUUUAUUGUAAAAUUUAUAAAUUAAUCAAUAUUAGAAUUUGUAAUUAAUCUAAUUGAGAAAUUAAAGGAAGUAUUAUAAAAAAAAUAGAAUCUAAGAAAGUAUUCAUUAAAGGAAAUUUUGUAUUUAUGUAUGAUAUAUUUGUUUAAAAAAAUGUAAUAAAUAAUUAGUAAUACAUAUCAUCAUGUGUCAUAUCAUCCAUUUAAUGAACUGCCAUUGUUGAGCUUUUGAUCUGUGCAUUAUAGAUAAAAAUAGAUUUUAAUAUAAGCUGUUUUAAAAUGCCUAUAAAAUUUCAAAGAGAACAGUAUGAAUUUUAAUUUUAUAUGUGAAUUACUGUUAAUUUCAUUUAAAGGUAAUAAUUAAUCUAUUUUGAAUACUAAAACAUUUUAUACAUAAAAGAUGACAAUUAAGUUUUUUGUCAUUUUAUAAUUAAUAAACUGGAACUGAUGAACUGUUUUAUUUUCCUUAUACAUGUACUCGCAAAUUUUACUCACUUUUGAUUAUGCUCUUUAUUUAAAAAUGCAUUUCAUCAGCACUUUUUUAUCAUUUAUCAAUACUAUACAAGAAGUGCAUUUUGUUUUCAUAUUUUUAAUUAGUAGCAGUUAAAUAUAAAUUUGUGCACAUUUUAUUAUUUUACCAUCCGAGAUCACUGCUCUCAAAGUAUUAAAAUAUAUCUAUUGUGUAUUUCUUCAAGAUGUAAUACUUUACUGAAAAUAAAUAAUUAAUGUAGAACAUUUUAAUGAUGUUUUAGUUGUAUAUUUAAUGUUUUUGUAUUCAUUCUCAAAAGAAUGUUAUUUUUAAAAUUAUAUAUAUGCUGCUACAUAUGGUUGAGAUUAUUCAUUAAUACACAAUAUUAUUUUUCAAGUCUUAGAUACAUUUUAAAUAAUAUCAUGCAUUUUGGUUAAUUGUGAUACUGAUACCUUAAAAAGAUCAUUUGUUGCAACAAGAUGAUACUUGAUUUGUGGUGAUAUUACCAUUUAAAAUGCCAUAACUAAGAUAAAUUUUUUCAUAAUAUUUUGUAUAAUUUCAUUUGGAUUAAUGUAAUGUAGAUCCAAUUAAAAAGAUCACCACAAUGCUGUGAGUUUUCAGCAAUUAGCAGCUACUACAAUAACCAUUUCAUUGGGCAAUAGCAUAGUGCCUAUAUAAAUUAUUUUAAAUAUUUUAUCAAAGUAAAAAACAUUUGGCAACAUUUAUAUAAUUAAAAAAUAACAGUUUUUGCAAUUUUUUAGCUUUGGAAAUGAUAUUAUUGUUUCUUUCUAUUUGAAUUUCUAUUCCAUAAUAUUGUUUUAUUUAAUUUGUACUAUAAUUAUUAAUAUUGAUAAAUUGUGUGAGAGAUUUUUUUUAGUAGUACAAGAAUUUCUCAUUCUAUGGAAACAAUUAAAAAUUAUAUAGAGACCUUUUGAGCAAUUAUUCAAUUAAAGAUAAUUAAAUUGCAUAUUCAAAAAAUUUGCAUUUGCUAAAGUGUAUAUAUG